GGGCGUCUCUGAAGUGUGUGUCUGCGUGUGACCUGAACUUAGAAGCACACUGAGAAGAAGACAAGAAACACCAUGGGUCUGGGGAGUUCCUGUCCAAAGCCUUUUCCAGGAGACAUCCUGGAGUUUCCCCGGAAUAAAUACUUCUCCCAUUUUGGAGUUUACUACGGAGAGAGAGAUGGAGUUCCAUAUGUAGCACAUCUUACAUGCAGAGACGCUGAGAAUAAGCUCCUGCUAUUUGGUCGAGCUCUGAAGUCAGAGGUCAAACUGGAUCCACUGGAUCUAGUGGGAAAAAAAUACAAGGUGAGGAACAUGCUAGACGAUGUUCACCCUCCUAGGGACUACUACUCUGUGGUGAAGCCCGUGAUAGACGACAUGCUGGGUAGAGAUGUGACCUUUGACAUCCUUUUCCAUAACUCUGAACACCAGGCCACGCUCUUCAGAUAUGGAAUCAAGAAGUCCAUCCAGAUUGAGAAGGUCUAUGUCCGGAUCGUGCCCACCUGGAAGGAGCUGUUUGAGAAAAAGAAGCUGUAACCGUAAAUGUCAACUAAACUUGUAACAGUGGCAAAUAUGGUGUCUGUGUUCUGGAAAUAUGUCUACAAUCAGAUUAAAACUAAAUCUUCUUAAAUUAAGACCUACAUACUUUCCUAUGUUGUGGCAAAUUGACUUGCCAAUGUAAUUUUUAGUUGUAGUAUUGCUGGAAUGGAAUCGUUGUUUUACCGAUGUAAUUUUUAGUUGUAGUAUUGCUGGAAUGGAAUUGUUUAAAUCACCAUAGAAACCAUGUAUAUGACAUAUUUGACACAAUUCUACUUAGUCCUUUUUCCUGUAUCUACUGAUUGCCUAUCCUCCCCAAUAAUGGCAUCAACAGCCUCAUGUGGUGGAAACCCCAACAGAUUAAACAGUUCUAAACCACACCGGCAGAUGGAAGCAUCUCAUUGUGGUAUAUUAUUUCGAAUAAAAAAAAAAACGAGUGUUUAACUUGUGUUUAAGGGAUGAGUUAAUUACAUUGCAUCUCAUAUUGUUAUUAUUGUGAUGUCUGGUGAUUAAACUAUGGAGAAAAUAUAAAUCUACAAUGUUUAUAUUCUGGGGAAUGCAGCCACUGCACAAUAAAGAAAUGCAUUUACUUUC